AUGCUGAUUUGCUCCUAUUGGCCAGAUGUGGAGGGAAAUCAGAGAGACCUGGUGUCAAACGGAGAUAUGGUGGAUCAGAAUGUCGACGAAGAGGUGACGAGACCAAAAAAGAGGAAAGUGAAACCUAAAGUAACAGAAACACAGUCCAACGAUGAACUGGACAUAGAGGAUGAUGACAUCAUCAUAGACCCCCAGGAGCCUGUCUCCCAGCAUUCCUUGUUCUCUGCUCCCCAAGGGCAGAGUCAGCCUGUGGGGAAGGUGUUUGUGGAGAGAAGCCGUCGUUUUCAAGUAGCUGAGCGAGUGGACCAGUGGAAGGCCAGUGGCCCGAUGGAGCAGAGUUUUAUGGACAUCCGCUCAAUGUGGACCACUAGAGAGGUCUCCUCGAGAGUCCACAGCGGCUUCAGGGUGAUUGGCCUGUUUUCUCAUGGCUUCCUGGCUGGUUAUGCUGUGUGGAAUAUCAUUGUGGUCUAUGUUCUGGCUGGGGAACAGAUGAGCACUCUUUCCAACCUACUGCAGCAAUAUCACACCCUGGCCUACCCCGCACAGUCCCUACUCUACCUGCUGCUGGCCCUCAGCACUGUUUCUGCCUUCGACAGGUUGAAUCUUGCCAAAGCUGCUAUAGCCAUGAGGAGUUUAGUGACUCUCCGUCCUGUGGCACUUGCCUCGCCCUUGUACUUUUCUGCCCUUGUUUUAUCAUUAAGCCAGCAGAUGACGAGUGAUCGCAUCAAUCUCUAUAAUCAGUACUCCAGCUAUAAUGUGACACUCUGGCAGCCGGGCUCAGAGCGCAGCGUCCUUCACCCCUGGAUCAUAGUAAACCUGGUGGUCACUUUGCUGGUCGGGGUGGCCUGGGUUCUGAUGUCAACAAGUCCAGAAAUCGACCACACAGAAGAGUUUAUGUCGAUGGAAAUGGAAUAUCCAAAAGCAGAAAUCGCUCAAGAGGCCACA